AUGGAACAAUAAUUUCCAAAACAUUGCAGAGAUGGCGAAGAUUGCUAGGAUUUUCGCUGUCUUCUGCAUGAUAUCUUAUUUUUCCCCUACAUUGUCUUUCCUGGACUUUUUCAACCCUUUUUCCCCUCCUCAACGUGAGGGGGAUGAAAAUGCCGGACUCCGUGUUAGGUUCUACGACCAGACGUGUCCAAGGGCGGAGGAAAUUGUGAAGGACCAAAUGGUGAAGGCAUUCCAAAAUGACUCUGGCCUUGCUGCCGCCAUGGUUCGCCUCCAAAGUCACGAUUGUUUUGUCAAUGGGUGUGAUGGAUCUAUUAUGCUCGAACAAGUGACUGGAGGGGAGCGGGUGGAGAAGCAAGCCCCUGCGAACGGAAAGACUGUACGUGGAUUUGAUCUCAUCGACCAGGUCAAGGAUGAGGUGGAGAAAGAGUGCCCUGGUGUUGUGUCUUGUGCUGAUAUACUCACAUUCUUAUCUCGGGACGCUCUAGUUAUGUCUGGACUUCCAGAUUUUGAUGUGCCAAGCGGGAGGCGUGACGGGACGAUAUCUCGAGAAGAGGAUGCUGUGAAAAACAUUGCAUCUCCCAAUAACACAGUGGAUCAAAUGACAAAACUCUUUGAGAUGAAAGGCUUGAACCAAGAGGACAUGGUGGCCCUAUUAGGUGCACACUCAAUUGGUGUUGCUCAUUGUCCUAAUUUCAGGUACCGAUUAAAGGAUCGGAUGAAAGCAAAUGAAGUGGAAGGAUCAUUGAAGGUGGUGAUGGGAUUCCAAUGCAUAAACAAGGCAAAUAUAGUCCCAAUGGAUAGUAUCACACAAUACAAAUUGGACUCUAUGUUCUAUAAGCAAUUGUUGUUGAAAAGGGCAUUGCUUGAGUCUGAUCAAUGGUUGGCCAGUGAUCCAAGAACACAACCACUUGUACAAAAAUUUGCCGAUGAUGAAACAGAGUGGUUCAAGAAGUUCACUGAAUCCAUAAUCAAGAUGGGACAAAUUCAAGUGUUAACAGGAAAUCAAGGAGAGAUAAGAAGGAAUUGUCGAUUUGUGAACUAAACGUUUAUCAUCAGUCAUAAAAUUUUCAUUUCUUUGUCUUUAUCCCAUCAUCAUCAUCAUCAUUUUUACAACUAUGUACCAAUUAUAGGUACUAAUUCUAGUUUUUUACUCGCAAUUUGAAACCGUAAAUGGGUCUGCCACUACAUAUCCCUCAUGACCCCUUCUCG